AUGAUCGAUGUUAAUGCAUUACGGAAGCAAGGCGUUGCGGUACGCGGACAAUUAAUGUGCGGUUCCGGACCGGCUACUCAAACUAAAGUUCGUAUUGUCGAUAUUGAUACAGCUCCUGAUCCUGAUGAUAAACUUGAUGAAAAAAUAAUUGAUCCGGAUGGGAGAUUUGAAUUAAAUGGAAGUACACGUGAAUUAACAGAUAUUGAACCAGUGCUAUACGUAUUUACUGAUUGUCAAGAUGGAUUAACGCCAUGUCUACGUAAAAUAACAUAUAGAAUACCGAAAAAAUUUAUCCAUAAUGGAGAACCAAAACCGGAACAAUGGAUCGAUAUUGGUGUGUUAAAUUUGCAAGGACAUUUUGAGGAAGAAGAACGAGAAUGUUUACAUUAA